GUUCACCCGUGCCCCUCCAUCUAAUCUCGCCUCUCUGUGUAUGCUGAAUUCCCCGCCUCCCCACUUUUCAACGAGCGCACCGCUAUUUUUAGCACUGCCACGGAUUAAUGUAAAGUGGCGCAGAGACCGUGAACCGGACUGUCCACAAGCAUUGUAGGACCUCGCUCUAUAUCGGUGCAUUUGGUGUGUUACUUGUCACGGAAACCACUUGGCACGGAUUCGGAAAUCGAGUUGGGGAAUGAUGACAAACGCCAUGUCCCCGUUUCUGGCUGUCUUUUCCUAAAGAAGCAUUUUCAAGGAUGACGCUUUCGAAGCGGAUCGAACGACAACCCCGGCCCUCGCUCCUGCCCGUGGUUCUCCUAUGUUUCAUUCUCACCACUGUCAGUGCCAGCAUGCCAGCUGGGGGUAAGUGCCCGCACCACAUAGACUGUGCCCGUGAGGGGCGGCACUUCUGCAAACCUGGCACCUCCUACUGCGGCCCCUGCCUCACCCCAUUGGAAGAGAACGAGGAAGGACAGUGUGUAGCAAAGAAGAGGCGCCAUCACCAUGGUAAAGUGACAGCCUUCUCUGAUCUAGAUGAAGAAAUUGACUUCCUUCAAUCAGUCAUUGCCAAACAGGAAGUGUCUGAGGUCAAACAAUCAAAACAAUCAGACACCCCCCCCAAGGCAGUUCCUAUGACUCAGACAAAGUCUCCCAGACAGAAAGGCAAGGCCCAACCUUCUGCGGAGCAGCCCACUACCGCCCACCCCUCUACCCGGACCCCUCAGCCUGCCCCUGGGGCUCUGGAGAGGGUGGGACCGGGGGGACCUGGAGGCCCCAUAGCCAUCCCUUACCCCUCCAAGGACAGUGUCCUUGUCAUAAUGAUCUCUGUGUGUAUCAUCUUUGGCACUGUGGCCCUGAUCUUGGCUACAGUUUGCUGGGUAAGGUUGCAGAAGGAAUCACGUCUGGCCCAGAAGGUAGAUUACCCUGCAUUUGGAAGCAAUGGAAAUGGAACAGCCAACAGGACUUCAUCGGGGGAUAAGAAGUUGGCCCAGAGUGCUCAGAUGUACCACUACCAGCAUCAGAAACAGCAGAUGCUCUCCAUGGAAAAACAUAAAUCAGAGACGAAAGUCACUGACUCAGAAGUCACAUCAGAUGAGGAAGAAGUGGGCGGAGACUUCACUGUGUACGAGUGCCCUGGCCUUGCACCGACUGGAGAGAUGGAAGUGAAAAAUCCUUUGUUUGACGACUCUACCCUAUACUACCAAGGGAAUCCCAAGGGAAUUCCAUAGGUUUUAAUGCAUGCUGGCACACGCGCACACACACACACACACACACACACACACACACACACACACACACACACACACACACACACACACACACACACACACACAUUCACAAACACACACACACACACACACAGAAACAUACACCCAAUUAAAACAUAAUACAAACCUACACACACACACACAAUUUCUUGUACUCUGGUUUUAAUGCAUGCUGGCACACACGCGCACACACACACACACACACACACACACACACACACACACACACACACACACACACACACACACAUUCACAAACACACACACACACACACACACACAGAAACAUACACCCAAUUAAAACAUAAUACAAACCUACACACACACACACAAUUUCUUGUACUCUGGAAAAGACCACCUUAACUCUCCAAUCAGGCUGCUCUGUCAAAACUGGACAGGUUUAUACAGAUGUCGGAUCUUAAUUUGACGCAUUUCGUUGCAGAAGGAAAAUUAUCUGCAGCAGGAGGAAUUGAAUGUCUAUUUAAUAUUGAGAAUCAAUACCAGGGAGCAACUGGAAGCAGUGUUUUGUAGGCUAUACAAUAAUUUAGACUGUAGGUCCACUGAUUAAUUGUUGUAUUAUAUGUUCAAGGCAAACAAUAAGCAAAAUAAAUUGGUGGUUAUCGCAGUGCCUGUGUGGUCCAGUGGGUACAGCCGCUGACAACGGUAAACAUAUGCUAGAGUAGGCAUGGGUUUGAAUCUAGUCCACUAAUGUCCUUUGAGAAACGAGUACAUUUCUAAUUAAUCUCUGUGGGCUGUACUUUUACUCUUACUCAAGUAAUUUCUGAAGGAAGUAACUUAUUUUUUACUCCAUUACAUUUUACCAAAUUAUUUUAGUUACAUAGAUUUAUAUUAUAAAAUUGUCGCUGUCGGAUGACAUUUUUUACAUGACACGAUACUGUACGUCUGUAUGAACGUUUCACAACCACUUGACCACUGAAAUGUAUUCAAAAUAGGUUGUCAUCAAACUCUUAAGUCCAUUGGCUCUCAAAGUUGUCCAUCAAACCCAGUUUUAUCUCCACCACGGCUCUCGAAGGGAAGCGCACGUUUUCAUAUUUUUGUUCUUGGGUUCUUAGCCAGACUCGAUCAGAGGUAAGUUGCACUUUAAUUACCUUCUGCCUUUGUAAUAUUAUAUAUUUCGGAAGUAAGAUAAGUAAUUUCUAAUAUAUUAUUCUGUUGUUGAAAUUGUGUUUUGAGGACAAGUGCAAAUCAAAUGGCUAGCUAACUAGCAAGCUUUGGCUGACCCAGAAUGUGACAGAAAAAGUUUAAUCUCAUGUUUUUAGCUCCCCAUAUGACCUCUGGUGGACAUUCCUGCAGUCAGCACACUCCCUCAACUUGAGACAUCUGUGUCAUUGUGUUGUGUGACAACUGCACAUUUUAAUGGCCUUUUAUUGUCCCCAGCACAAGGUGCACCUGUGUAAUGCGCAUGCUGUUUAAUCAGCUUGUUGGUAAAGACACACCUGUCAGGUGGAUGGAUUAUUUUGGCAAAGGAGAAAUGAUCACUAACAGGGAUGUAAAUACAUUUGUGCAAAAAAAUGUAGAUUAAUACUUUUUUUGUACGUCUGAAAAAUUUCUGGGAUCUUUUAUUUCAGCUCAUGAAACAUGAGACCAACAGUUUACAUGUUUCGUUCAGUAUAGCUUCACAUUAGGUUGCCAUUACAAGCUGUCUAAGCUAGAUGCAGUGUCAACGAUGUAGCUAGCUAACAUUAGCAAGAUCAACAGGUCAGUCCACCGCAGCAUCCUCCCACACAUUUCUCUCCUUGUGUUUGUGUGUGUCAUUCUGUUUUUAUGAAAAUGCCUACAUGCACCUCUUUCGUACAGUCAGUGUAUCAUCUCAGUAAGCUUUUUGUGCCCUAUAGAAAUAAGAUAGAUUGUCUUUUUAUUUAUAGCUUGUAGCGGCAGAACCGAGGCGGUAGGAGAAUGAGCCAGCCAAAAAAAUAAAAUACUCUUGAAAGUGGAAAGGACAAGUUCGGAAAGGAUGGAGUAUAAAUCCGGUUUUGUCUAGAAGGGAUAAAGCUUUUGUCAAAAAUAUACAUUUUUCGUAACAGGUUGAGGAGUAAAUUAAGAUUAGUAAAAGUGUUAGGAUUAGCUAAAAUGCAACAAUAAAAAUAAUUUGACAUCAAUUUAAUUCAAUAAUAAAAUGUGUCUGAUUUGCAUACUAGUAACAUGAUUUGAUAGAGACAUUUCAGUAUUGAUUGUUUUACUGUUGUAACACCUGUCCAUUCUGAGUGAAAAAUUGAACAUCACACUUGGUGUAAAUAUUUUUGUAUGCAUUAUCACAUGUACUUGAAAUGAUAUUGUGAAAUACAUUUUCAUUAAUGCUA